AUGGGAGAAUACUAUAGUCCAAAAAAACAGUUUUUGGAUCUGAUGGCCGGUGCCCCGAAAGGGGAACAGGAAUCCAAAGUGUCCCCGAACAAUGAGAAGAAGACCGAAAAUGACCCAUUCGAAAUACGACUGAGGCUAGACAGAUCGGAAACACACAGUUUGGGAGUAGUAUGUUUGCCAGAAAAUAUACAAGGAAUGAAAAUAGAGACGUUUAAGCCAAUAAAUCCUUCGGCUACAUUUGAUGAUGAAAGCAUAGUGUGGAAGUCAUACGCAAGUGAAAAGCUGUUGACAAGACAGUUUAAGUCGAAAAAAACACAAGUGGAUACAGACUGCUAUUUUAUGAUGGUGGAGCACAAAGUAAGAUUAAAAAUGGAAUUUAUAAGAGCAAACAACACAAUACUAGUGUCGCCAGUGUCCAACUAUUUCAUAUUUGACCCGCACGUCCCAUUGAAAACGCAAAAUUUAUCAAGCAAAACAGACAGCAUUGAGGAGAGGCUGAAGAGAAUAGUUAGAACGGAGGAUAUAGAUACGAGGACGAAAACAGUGUCAAAUUUUAUGAAAAUGAGAAAAACAACGGAAAGCACAAAGACGAACUACGGGUGGGACUACAAGAACGAGGAGCUGAGCGACGACGAAAAUAUGCCGACAGUGGCGAGAACAGAAGAUAGUCAGGAUGACCCGUUCUAUAGCAAGGACUUGACGAACUACGGCCAUCACGUUAAAACGCUGCUGAUGAAGCAAGAGGAGGAGGAAGUGGACGAGGAGUUGAAGCAGUUCAGCGACGAUGAAGAAGAAUCACAGGUGUCUGGGAGCUCAAAGGUAAAGGGAGACAGUCAACAAGGCGCACCAGAACUGUCAUUUGGUGACAGAGUAAUUGAAUUCAUAAAGGAAAAUAAGAAAGUAACAAUCAAGUCGAUAUUGGUGCACUUUAACAUCAAGGAGAAGAACGAGGACUUCAGAACACUGCAGAGCGUGAUUCAAAAGAGGUGUACAAUGACGUCUGAAGAAAGGGAUGGGAAAACAACUAAAUAUAUAAGCAUAAAGUGA